GGGACGCACAUCGUGGCCACGCCCCUCCGCCAAUUAGAGAAGCGUGUUACUUGCGGUUGGUUGAGGAGACCUACCCCGCGCGCCGCGGGAGGAAAGGAGAGGCUGGUGGCGGGAAGUUUUCAUUGGCGAGCGGCUGGAAAGUGCCCACUGUCCCUCAUCUUCGGUAAAAGUGGAAAGAGCACAAGGACCACCCUGCACAACACAGUUGAGGAAAACAGAAAUUAUCAUGCAACCCUUAUCCCACACUGCCGUUCAGAUGGUCCUCCUCUGGAAUUCCUGCUCAGCGUCCAUAGAUGGACUUCAGAAGAGUGUAUGACAUUUUUUUUUUGAGGUGACCAACCUCAGGCAUUCUGGAAGGAUAGCAUUUACCAGAUGAAAAAUGAAGCAGCAGCUCUGAAGCCUGAGCAUUGGACCUCGGCAGCCCCAACCCAACCUGGCUUAACUCAGCCUCACUGAACCAGAUCCAACACUCUUGGCUCCCUGGGCUUGCUACAGCUCUCUGAUCCUUAGAAUCUUCUCAGUUCCAGCUAGAAUGCUACAUCAGGCACUUUGCAGAUUUGGUCGAAAGCUGGUACGCAGACGUCCGCUGGAGAAAAAAGUGAAUGAGUUUAAAUCUGGCAUAAAACUGAGCACUCUGGACUUAGUGGCCCUUGGUGUGGGCCACACAGUGGGUGUUAGUGUGUUUGUCCUGGCUACUGAGGUGGCCAGUAAUCAAGCAGGACCAUCCAUUGUGAUCAGCAUUUUGGUGGCGGGCCUAACAUCGUUGUUGGCUGGGCUGUGCUAUGCAGAGUUUGGUGCCUGGCUUCCCCAUUCUGGCUCUGCGUAUCUCUACACCUAUGUCACUAUGGGUGAACUCUGGGCUUUCAUCACUGGCUGGAACCUUAUCCUCUCCCUUGUUGCUGAUGCAGUUAUUGUGAUGAAGGCCUGGAUCUUAACUUUUGACAACCUGAUUGGGAACUGGUUCUAUGCCACCCUGCAUGAGAGAAUCUCACAGCAUGUUCCCCAAGUCUUCAUAGACUGUCUAGGCUACUUGGCUAUGAACCUUCUGUUUUGGCUCAUAGAAAUUCCAAGUCUGUUUUAUCAUGGGUUCUUCAGAGUUUUCAAACUGUUUACAUUGGUAAAAUUUUUGGUUGUCAGUUUUGUCAUCAUCUCUGGCUUCAUGAAGGGGGACCUGCACAACUGGAACCUCACAGAAGAGGACUACAUGCAGGCUGAAGUCAAUGACACCUUUAGUUUGGGCCCUCUGGGCUCUGGUGGAUUCAUGCCUUUUGGCUUUGAGGGGAUUCUCCGUGGAGUAGCUACCUGUUUCUAUGCUUUUAUAGGCUUCGACAGUAUUGUUACCAGAGUUGAGGAAACCCAGACUCCCAAGCGUUCCAUCCCCAAGAGCAUUGUGAUUUCACUGCUCAUCUGCUUUUUGGUAUAUUUUGGUGUCUCUGUGGCAGUUACACUCAUGGUGCCUUACUACCAGCUUACUACCUUGCCUGAGGUAUUUCUCCAUAUUGGCUGGGCCCCUGCCUAUUAUGUUGUAGCUUUUGCAACUUUCUGUUGUAUUUUUGUCAGCAUCUAUCAGAGCUUUCUCCUCCCCAUACGGUGGGUGAUAGACAUGAUGGCACUGGAUGGCGUCCUGUUCCCUGUGCUUGCCAAGAAAUGUGCCUGCAUACACACCUGCAUUUUGUUCUUUGAAUUCAUUUGUAUUGUUUCAGUCAUGCUAUUAUUUUUUGGAUUCGCUGAUCUCUUGGACCUCAGGUCUAUUGUGACGCUGACAUCUUAUUCCCUGGUAGCUUUUUGUGUUCUCAUCGUCAGGUAUCAGCCUGAGUGGACGAAUGAAGAAAACGAAGCACAGGUGCAGGAGAAGAAUGGGGGAAAUGAGGCGCAGGUGCAGGAGGAGGAUGGAUCUGCAGCAGAGAAGCUGACUCUACAGGGACUAUUCUUUCCAGGCAGCCCCACCCCCACUCCGCUCUCUGGCCGGGUUGUCGUUGUUUGCUCCUCACUGCUUGUUCUGCUGCUGACUCUUCUCUGCCUGGUGCUGGCCCAGUGGCCAGGUCUGCUCUCUGGAGACCCAGCGCCGAUCACAGUGGUUGUGCUGCUCCUGGUGCUCAUCACUGGGAUCACUGGGGUCAUCUGGAGGCAGCCACAGAGCUCCACUCCCCUUCCCUUUAAGGUCCCUGCUGUGCCUCUCCUCCCACUCCUGAGCAUCUUUGUGAAUGUUUACCUUAUGAUGCAGAUGACAGCUGCCACAUGGGCCCAAUUUGGUGUCUGGAUGCUUAUUGGGUUUGCUCUCUACUUCGGGUAUGGGCUCUGGCACAGCCUGGGCCCUUAACCCCGCUUAAGGGCCCAAACUGUAGACCUUGAACUCAGCAGUGCCUGUAUAUAUUUGGUUUGACAUCAUCACACCUGAAUGCAGUCUGGUUCCCCUACACAAUAAUGGGGAGUACUCUUGAGUGUAUGGAAAUCUAGGUCUCCUUUGAGAUAUUUUUGGGGGAACACUAAUAGAGCUCUGUAUUUAAGGUAUGGUGAAGGAUGUGUCUUUUUGCUCUUUUUCCUUUUUUUUUUACGUUCUACUUUUCAAUUGUGUCUAUAGCUGCUCGCUGGCUUUUACAAAAUCAGUAUUAAAAGAAAAUUGAAAAAGUAUUUUCCUUUUCUUUGGUUAAAUAUCCACUAGUUAAGGAGGUGCCUAGCUGGCUCAGUCAGUAGAGCAUGACUCUUGAUAUCAGGCUGGUGAGUUUGAGUCCCACAUUGGCUGUAGAGAUUACCUAAGAAAAUACACAGUAGCAGAAUUACUGGAUCAUAUGGUUGUCCUGUUUUAAGUUUUUUGAGGAAUCGCCAUACUGUUUUUCACAAUGCAUGCGCGGUUGACAUUCCCACCAACAGUGCAUGAGGAUUCCUUUUUCUCCGUAUCUUCGCCAACACUUCUAUUUCAUGUCUUUUUGAUUUUAGCCAUCCUGACAGGUAUAAAGUGAUAUCUGAUUGCAGUUUUAAUUUGUAUUUCCCUGAUGAUUAGUGAUGUUAAACAUUUUUUCAUGUGUCUCUUGGCCAUCUGUAUGUCUUCUGUAGAUAAAUAUUCAGGUCUCUG